CACGGUGGGACCACACUCUGAGGUCGGUUUAAAGGGCUGUGGAGUUUUAAACAGAACGUGUCUGUCUGUGUGCCUCCCCCUCUCUAACACACACUCUUCAAGAUGAACACCAUUCUCUCCUGCCAGGACCAGUCCUUUGUAGGAGACCAGGGCUAUGAGUACUCUUCUUCGGUCGCGACGUCAGCCCGUGUUGACAUUUCCAUGGAAACCUGGUACUCUCAGUGGCCGGGCGGUAUCCUGGACAACAGCAGAAGCAGCCAGCAAGAAGCACAGGCACAAGAUUACUUCUCGGAAUAUGACACCACGGUCCAGGAUGAUUUCAGGUGGACAGGCCACUUAUCAUCUCAGCUCUAUAAAAACAAACAGCUCCAGGAUACACUUGAACAAAAGGAGGAAGAACUUGCCAGACUCCAUGAGGAAAACAGCAAGCUGCGAGAAUACCUGAACUCUACUUACGUCAAAUCCUUAGAGGACAAGGCCAGGAAAUUAUUGACACAAAAUGGGCACAAGAGAGGAGGGAUCUUCAGAUGUAAGAAGCGCCUGUUUCAGAAGCAGGAGGAGUCUGGUGUUUACUGCACUGACCAACCAGCAUCAGAGAACCUUCCGAAGAGAGGAAGAGGAAGUUCGACCUGUAAGAAUGGAAGUAGCUGCCAAAAUGCCCAUGAUGAACAUCAAACUCCCUACGUCGAAACCUGGGUGCUCAAGACUUUGGGAUUAAAAGAUGCCAACACUAUUGAUGACAGUUCUUCAGUUAACUACAGUGCCAUUAUUUCUGAGACAUCGGUUGAUUACAACAGUGAUCAACUGAAGGUGACUGGGUUCAACACGGACUAUGUAAUGCCAGCAGAUUACGUCCAAGAUCCUGCAGCCCCAGUGGACUUCCUUGUCAGCUCCUGCCCGCUGGACACUCCCUGCAGUGAACACCACUCCCCUGGCCCUUAUUUCUCGCCUCUGCCUCACUCGAGCAAUGCACUUUACCAGUCCACUGGACCGCCCUUUUACACAGGCAAAGCGGCCCCGAGUAAAACGGAUGUGGCCUUCUCCACCUCGCUCAAUCCCCACCGCAACGUGAAGACGCACACCUUCUGCCAGGGCCAGGCCUUUGUGCAACGUGACGGGGAGGGAGGCUGGAGGUUCACCUGGGUCCCCAGCCAGGCAGAUUGACCAAUGAGGCUGCCACUGCUACAAACUGUUUACAAAAACAUACACGUUCCCUGCACUUGAAAUCCCACAAGUAUGAAGGAGACCAACAGCUUUGCACAAAUUAUCAA